GCGCUAUCGCCGCUUGCUACAGACACACACACGAAGCAACAAACACCCAACGACGAUUAUGAAGCUCUUGGUUGCGCUGGCGAUGGCGGCCGUGCUGGCCGUGUUCACCUCCGCGCCAACUGCUCAGGCACAAGAGUGCGAGUAUCCCCCUGUCGUGCUGAUGCACGGUAUCCUUGGUGCUGCCGAGAAGAUCACGGCCGUCGUGGACUGGAUCCACGAGGCCAUCCCGUGCGCGUACAUCAAGAACAUGGAAAUCGGAAACGGCCCGCUCGACAGCGUGUUCAUGCACAUGAACGACCAAGUUGACAACUUUUGCGAACAAGUGUACGCAGAUCCAAAGCUUGCGCGUGGCUUCAACCUGAUUGGCUUCUCCCAGGGCGGGUUGAUUGCGCGAGGGUAUGUGCAGCGAUGCAACAAGUACCCCGUCAUCAACUUCCUGAGCUGGGUGUCACCGCAGGGCGGCCAGUUUGGCGGGGUGGAGGCAUUCGCGCCGCCAUGGCUGGUGGUUCUCUUCAACAACGCGCCGUACUCGGACAUGGUGCAGAACAGCCUGUCGCUGGCGCAGUACUGGCGCGACCCGUUCAACAUCAAGGCGUACAUGGAGAAGAGCACGUUCCUUGCCGACCUCAACAACGAGCGGCUGCACAAGAACGCGACAUACAAGGAGCACAUCACGUCUCUCAAGACGAUGAUGCUCAUCUACUCCAAGGAGGAUUUUGUUGUCAACCCAAGGCAGUCUGGCUGGUUUCAGCACUUUCGCGCCUUUUCCGGUCCCGGCAAGAACGGCGUUGUUGUUCCCCUGCGCGACUCUCUCUUCUACAAACUCGACUACAUCGGCGUCAAGGCCCUUGACGAGAGCGGGCGGCUGCAGAUGCACGAGUCCGACUGCGCACAUGCGGACCACCCGACUCCCGACUGCAAACACAUCUUUGACCUCUACUCCCUCCCGCUCCUCAAGCAGCGCUGGAGCGAAGUCGAGGACUUUUGGAGCCGCAGGUGAUGCUUCUUCCACGACUCUCGCCGUUAUAUCCAGCACAUCAUGUCAGCUUUAAUCGUCCCCCUCCCCACCACCACCACCACCACCACUACCCUUUACACCCUCUCCCAUUUGCGUUCAACUCUUCUCCUCCCCACAACCACUUUCCUUGCUUCUUGCGUUGCCGGGGUGUCUUGUGCCCUGUGUUCUGCUCUUGCGUUAUCCCACCCUGCCAACGAAGCCAAUGAGCGCCGCCACUUGCAGUGGCUGCUGCUUGGCUGCAAGUGGUACACUGCCUUGCCUCGCCUGCGUUGUAUUGUGUCGUGUUGUGUUCCCUGUUUUGGUUGAGACUCGCCAUGCCUUGCCCUUCACACAUUCUUGUUUCCCUUCUUGCUUCAUCUUCAGUUAGGAUUGUCAUUUUCUCUUGCCUGCUUCCUGUGCGUGUGUGUGUUUCGUGGUUUCAUCCGCGCUUCUUCCAAGUGUGUAUUGAACAUGCCAGCACAUCA